UCGUUCGGAGAGGCUGACGCCAUUGGGCCCCGGCAGGGAAAGGAGGCGGGCCGCCAAGCUCUCCUUAUAGGGCUGGAGAGUCGCGGGUGAAGGGCUGCGCCGAGGAAAGAGCUGGUAGAUUUGCCAGGGACUUCAGCCCAGCCGUCGCUCCGCUGAGGUGGGGAAAAAGGAUCCCAACUGGAGAGGCGCUUAGUUCCAGCCAGGUGCUGGGCUGCUCCUUUAAGUUUCUCUUGAGUGGCGACUGGAAGAUUCUACUCUCAAGGCUCCGCUUUCGGGGUUUGCAAAGCCGGCUUCCCACUGUCUUGUUCCUCAUCACCUUCUCUGGCAUUGAGUGAUGUCCACGGCGGCCUUAAUCGGUCUGGUUCGGAAUAGAGGCCACCAGCUGCAGAGGGCCCUGCUUACAUCUUGUGCAAUUCUCAGCCCGAAGUGCCAGAUUUCCACCAACGACUGCAAGGCUGCGCGUUUCGAUCUGGAUGGGAGCGGCUGCCCCGCCACCUGGGAUUCCUUUGGGAUUUGGGACAACCGCCUGGACGAGCCCAUCUUGCUCCCACCCAGCAUCAAGUAUGGGAAGCUGAUUCCCAAGAUCAGCCUGUCAAACGUGGGCUGCGCCACCCACAUUGGGAAACGGAAGGAAAACGAGGACCGUUUCGAUUACGCCGAGCUGACGGAGGAGGUCCUGUAUUUUGCCAUUUUCGAUGGGCACGGCGGGGUGGCAGCAGCUGAUUUCUGCAACAAGUACAUGCGGAAAUAUAUUCGAGAAUUUCUCUCUGAGGAACGCAACAUGGAAUUAGUAUUGAUUAAAGCUUUUCUAGAAAUAGACAAAGCGUACAUGAAACACGCCCACUUAUCUGCAGAUGCUACCUUGCUGAAUACUGGGAGCACAGCAACGGUGGCCCUGCUGCGAGAUGGCAUUGAGCUGGUGGUAGCCAGUGUGGGCGAUAGCCGUGCGCUGCUAUGCCGCAAAGGAAAAGCCGAGAAACUGACCAUUGACCAUACUCCAGAACGGAAGGAUGAGAAGGAAAGAAUCAGGAAAUGUGGUGGCUUCGUCGCCUGGAACAGUUUGGGGCAACCCCAUGUGAACGGCAGACUUGCAAUGACCCGGAGUAUUGGAGAUUUGGAUCUUAAGAAUUGUGGUGUGAUUGCAGAACCUGAAACGAAACGGGUGCAGUUGCAUCAUACAAGCGACAGCUUCUUGGUCCUGACCACAGAUGGCAUCAACUUUAUGGUAAACAGCCAGGAGAUCUGUGAUUUUGUUAACCAGUGCCAUGAUCCAACCGAAGCAGCUCACAUCAUUACUGAGCAGGCUAUGCAGUACGGGGCAGAAGAUAACAGCACCGCAAUCGUAGUGCCAUUUGGAGCAUGGGGCAAAUACAAAAACUCCGAGGUCAAUUUUUCCUUCAGCCGAGGUUUUGGUUCAAGUGGAAGAUGGGCAUGAGCAGCUUCUGCGCCAAGCUGCCGAACGUUUAAAGAUGUAGAUUGCAGAAAGGUUAAAACAACAACAACACUCCCAUCUCCUCUACCCUUUCUGCUUGGGUAGCUAACUGCUGUUAACUAGACGUCACCUCUUAAGAAAUGUCGUUAUUACUUGCUUCUCUCAAACCAAGCAUUCUCACACCUUCGGUCCUUCCUCGUGGACUUCUUCUGCAGGGGCAAGAUGCGGAUAUUUUUGUGGCUGACUGCCAUUGUGGCAUCCCCUGAUUCUCCCGAUGCCCUUGAGAUGUUUUAGAGAGAUGAAGGAACGGGGCAGAGGGAAGCAGACUGCACACAGCACUCCAGCUGGGGAAACCAAAGGACAAGAAAAGUAGCAUUUUAUCCCCUUCGCUAUUCCAUCCUGUGUAAAAGGAAACUCAAAGACUACUGUAGGAAAGGUGGAGAAUUGAGAGGUGGGUUUGUGGCUAGUUCACCAUCACUGUCAGAUGGGGGUUAGAAUGGUUCAACUCUAAAAAGCAGCAUUUUGGUCUCAGGACCAAUAAGCCUCAGGAUUGUGGUGUCCAGAGGCAGAGAGAGAACUGUGCACUUCCGGUACUGAUGUCCCCUUUUUGGAAAAGCAGAGGGAGAAGGAGAGGGAGGGAGGGAGAGGGGGGGCGGGGACGGGGUUGUACACUUAGUUAAAUAUCUACAUAUUUAACCUGUUUUGUUUUGUUUUUUCUUUAAAGGAUCCAGUGCUAAAACCUCUCCUUUAAUAUAUAUAUAUAUAUUUUCAUUCCACAUUGGCUACUGUUAAAUUCCUUUCUAAGUAUGAAUGCACAGCUUCAAUGCAAUUAAUUUUGGUGAUGAGAUUAUUUUGGUUUGUUUCACGGUUGAGAAGAAGAUGAGCAAAAAAACCCAACCCACUUAUUUUUCUAGGUUCUGGCUAUUGAAAGAACAUAGUCUAAAAGUCUGCUGAGGAUUGUCCCCAACUUUUACCCAAAGUGUAAAAACUGGAGGGAACUGAAAGUUUCAGAGAGGCUAGUAAUACAUUUUCAAAAGGUUCUAUCCUUUCACAUUUUAAAAUCCAGCUGUGAAAGAGAACAACAAAUCCUUGUGUUUCUCAGCAAGACUACAGUAAUUGGAGUAAAAGCAAGGUUAAUUUUAUGGCACAAAAGUCUCUCAAUUCCUCUGGGGAGCCUCCUCCAACUUUCUGCCCUUUAGAUGCAGGGGGCUGAUCUGAUUGAGAAUCUCUGGUGUUUUAUUAUCAACCUGAGAAUAUCUGGUGGAAAAGAGAGCAGACAUCCUGGUGUUAAAAAAUCUAUAUUUGUAAAUCUGAAAUUGUUUGCCUCAGUAGUGAGAUCUUAUGACAGUGCCAAAAUAUCACCGUUUCUUGCCGAGUAAGAAAACUGCAGCCUCAUGAGAUUUGAUGAUCUUAGAAGCUUCUAGCCUUUGGGGUGGAAAAACCCAACGAAUCUUGACAACACCCCUGAUUUAAGCCAGUGCCACCUACCUAUGUUGUGGGUGUUAUAUUACUGGUGGAUACUGAGUUUCCAGUCCCUAUUAAUAUGUUUGCACGCACAAGGUGUGAGAAAGCAGGAGGCCUUCUGAGUCAUAGAUACCCUUGAGAGAGAGCAAAUGAGGAAACCUUUGUCAUGAUCUCAUCGGAUGAAUGUGAUUGGCAUCAACCUGGGGACAGAUGCAAAUUACAUAACACUGUUAUAGGAUGGUGUCAUGAUGCACUUCAUACUGUUGUUCUGACUUCUGCCUAUGUUCUGCCUAUGGCUCCAGUAUAAACACCAGGAGUAUUUCCUUGGACUAAAAGGGAAAACAAUAUCAAAUAAAAAUGCAAUAGUCGCCUUCCCCUGCAUAGAGUUACUUCGCAUCUGGGAAUAAUAGCGCUGAGCCGUUUAGGUUGUCUCCCCCUGGUCACAAUGUGAACGAUGGACUUACACGACUGCACAUCUAAGCCUGUAGCACCAAAACCCACUUUGGUGUCAAUCAUUCCGACGCUGCCUCUGUAUAUCCGCCUGUUCAUAACUGUUCCUUGGAACUUGUGAAAGAUUCUGCAGAGGUGUUGCUCUGUUUUUGUCUGCUGUAAAUUUUGAUUUGCAUUCUAUGUGCACAAUUUCUAUAAUAUGAUUGUAUAGACUUUAAAAGUUACGUUUACUUUAUUGAUUGCUAUCACUUAAGACAGUCGUUCCCAAACUUGGCAACUUUAAGACUUGUGGACUGCAGAGCUGGCUGGAGAAUUCUGAGAGUUGAAGUCCACAAGUCUUAAAGUUGCCAAGUUUGGGAACCACUGACUUAAGACACUAAAGUAGUGUAUAUUGAUGUUAAAAACAUUUUGUUCUUCCUGGGUUGUUGUUAUUAUUAUUUUUUUUUAAAUGGGCUUCUGCUUUGUUCUUGUUUGCUACAAUAAAAACGCCAUCUCUUCCGUGGGCUAAAACAGGCACGCA